AUGGCGGUAAAUUGGGCAGGACUGCUGUCCAUAGGAGUGUUUUAUAUGAUCGUACUGGGCACAGGUAUCUGGGCAUCCAGGAAGUCCAAGCGUGAAGAGAAGAAGUGCACGGGCAACCGCAGUGAAGUUGCAAUGGUUGGAGGGCGGAACCUCAACAUCUGGGUCAGCAUCUUUACUAUGACAGCCACUUGGGUGGGAGGAGGCUAUAUCCUGGGUUGUGCUGAAGUGGUCUACGAUCCAACAAAGGGGUUGGUUUGGGCCACUGGACCCAUUGCCUAUAUCAUACACCUGAUUAUAGGUGCACUCUUCCUUGUCAAGCCUAUUCGGUCGAAGAACUAUGUCACCCUCAUGGACCCAUUUCAAAACAAAUAUGGCAACAGUGUAGCUGCUGUUAUUUUUAUUCCCGCUCUCCUUGCUGAUAUCUUGUGGAUAGCGUGUGUCCUCGGUGCACUGGGAGGGACGCUAAGUGUAGUGAUGGAUGUCUCCUCCAGGCUUGCUGUGGGCGUCUCUGCUGCUGUGGCAAUAUUUUACACAUUAAUGGGAGGACUGUACUCUGUGGCCUAUACUGAUGUCAUCCAGCUUAUGUUCAUGCUCCUCGGCUUGUGGUUUUGUGUGCCUUUUAUCCUGACAAGCCCCUCCUCAGCUAACAUUACUGUUGCUGCGGUAACCAAGCUGUACCAGAAGCCAUGGAUCGGCAAGCUGGAGCUGGAGGAUACAGGUCGCUGGAUAGAUGACGUACUGCUAAUGGCCAUCGGAGGGAUCUGCUACCAGGCUUUCUACCAGAGAGUCCUGUCCACAGCCACAGAUAAACAAGCUAAAAUCACCUGCUAUGCUGGGGCAGUAUUAUGCCCAAUCCUUGGCAUCCCAUCACUCAUCAUUGGGGCAGUGUCGGCAUCUACAAAUUGGAACCAGACCACCUACGGUUUACCCAGCCCUUACGAACAGGGCAAAUCUGGUAUGAUCUUGCCAAUUGCCCUUCAGCAUCUUUGUCCUUUCUACGUCUCACUGAUUGGCAUGGGAGCACUUGCUGCCUCGGUGAUGUCAUCAGUCGACUCUGCACUACUGUCUGCAGGCUCCCAGCUGGGCCGCAAUGUCUUCAAGAACAUCAUCUACAAACAGGCAUCGGAAAAAAAUAUUAUUGUGGUGGUUAAAGUGUCAAUCUUCCUGUGCGGACUGAUGGGAGCAGGCCUGGCCAUGAUGACAAAGUCCAUUCACCUGUUCUGGGUCGUCAGUGCAGAUGUCAUGUAUUCAAUGAUGGCUCCCCAGGUGAUAUGCAUCUUCUACUUAUCUCAGAGGGUGAACCACUACGGGGCCUGUUGUGGCUUUGUGUUGGCACUACUCCUCAGAGCUCUGGUUGGGGAACCCAUAAUAGGCCUUCCUGACGUGCUGCCCCUGCCGUGGGACAAGAUACAGGAGGACGGUCACCGAUACCGCUUGUUCCCUUUCCGCACUGUCAUCAUGCUCAUCGCCACCGGGACUAUAUUACUAGUAUCUGGCUUUGCUGUGUGGCUGUCUGACAAAGGGCUGCUGAGAAGAAUAAGUGAUGCCGAAACGGACACAGACAUACAUUACAUGGCGCCAGUUGGAACAGAUGUGGAGGAAAAGGACAGACUGAAUAAAGAACAGUCUCACUUAUCCUCCAGAGGAAGCAAUGAGGACAAAUGUUAAAGGGGAACUUGGCAACUCUAGCCAUUUCUUCGC